AUGACUUUCAAGGAAGCAGUCAGCGGAGAUCUUCGUCUGAUUAUGUACUCGCUGGGUUUCUCCGGGACUAUCAUCAUGGAGGGCUAUGGCUUGGCACUCCUCACCUAUCUCUUCAGCGUCGAGCCUUUCAAUAGUAAAUACGGUAUCCAACUCGACGGUGGCGAGAAACACGAGCUCGAGUACAAAUGGAAGGCUACUCUACCCUUGUUGGCCCAGAUCGGCUCGAUCAUUGGCGUCGGCCUCACCGCCCCCGUUGUUAGGUUCAUUGGGUACAAGCGAACUGUUCUUCUGAUGCUCGCCCUCUGCGCGGCAUUUGCCUUCGUACCCUUCUUCGCCGGAAACGUCUACAUCUUGUCGGCCGGCUUUUUGCUCCAGGGCAUCCCGUGGGGCGCAUUUCAAGUCGUUAGUCCCGCCUACUCCUCCGAGGUUGCUUCACUGCGGAUGCGGCCCGUCUUGACCACCUGGAACAACCUCUGCUGGAUCAUUGGUCAGCUCCUGGCUUCUGCCGUUGCCUUCGGAUUUCACAAGAUUGAGAGUGAAUGGGCCUACAGAAUCCCCUUCGGCCUUAACUGGGCCUUCAUCGCCGUCCUCUUCUGUGCCAUUGCCGCUACCCCCGAAUCGCCCUACUGGUAUCUCAAGAACCACAGGGUGGCGGAUGCCCGCAAGGCAGUCAAGAAGCUCGUCCGCAAGGGAUCCGAGGAGCGCACCGAGGAGAAGCUAGCUUUGAUGCAGCACUCCAUCUGCCACGAAAUGAAGCACGUUGCCGACGACCAAACCAGAUGGCAGAAAAUCAGCGCCAUGUUCAGGGGCGUUGACAGAAGACGCACCGAGAUUGCCUGCGCUGCUUGGGUCAUCCAGGCCCUCUGCGGCUCGAGCCUCAUCGGCUGGGCUCCCAAACUAUUCGAGUCUGCUGGUAUGGGAGCCAGCGAGGCAUUGGCCAUGAACAUUGGCUUGCCGUGUGCUGGGAUUGUGGGCACAAUUGCUUCUUGGUGGGUGAUGCAAAAGAUGGGACGUCGGCAGAUCUUCUUCUGGGGCCUAAUCAGCAUGGCCGUCGUGCUUACUGGGUGCGGUCUCGCCACGCUGGCUAGAAGUUCGGCGUCCGGGUUCGCUGCUGGAGCGGUCCUCGUUUUGUAUACUGCCAUCUACGACCUGACCAUUGGUCCCAUUUGCUACUCGAUCGUGGCCGAGAUCGCGUCGGUUCGUCUCCGCACACAGACCAUUUCUCUCGCACGCGGCCUUUACCUGACGGCCAAUCUUUUCAACCUUUUCCUUACCCCAAAGAUGCUCGGGAUGGACAAGGCGAGCUGGAGAUGGGGUGCCAAAACAGGUUUCCUUUACGCAGGCUGCUGUGGUAUUGGAGCUCUGUACACGUUUCUCCGCAUCCCGGAGACCAAGGACAUCUCUGUCCGUGGACUCAGCAUUCUUUUCCACGAAAAAGUCUCGGCGAGGAAGUUCAGCGCCCAGAAGGCGGCGGAGCUGGAAGGAUUGCAGGGAGCCGCAGCUUCUAAGACUAGCAGCAGUGAUAACACCGUCUCAGUCCUUGAUGAGGUUGUAGAGCCUAAGAUUGCUUCUCCUGCCAGGGUUGCGUCUCCUAACAAGUAA